CCGCGUAACUCAUUAUAAUUCCAACGCGCUGUGAGUUAAGUCGUGAGUUAGUGAGCGCAGUCAGUGAGUGAGUGAGAUUUUGAGCCGCUAGUGGAUAUUUUGGAUACGUAUUCAAGAUGGGACACGUGAUCAUCACUGCGCUCAGUCUAGUUUGGGUUUUACUGACCAUCACUUCAACAUUGGCAGUCUUCUCUGCGAUCCUCACUCCCAAGUGGCUCAUGGGUCCGAUCCCUCUUGAAGUCGAAAAUGGCACAAUCGUUCCAUCCGUUGGUAUUUUCAACCGGUGCACUCGUAUCAAACAUCAAAACAACUGUGCAGUGUUCGCAAUGGACGGUUUAGCAACAGACAGUGGGGUGUUUCCUUCUUUGUGGAAGCUGUCCCUGGUGUUGUUCGUGCUGGGGCUGGUUGUGAUGGUGUUGAGUACAAUGGCAGCAAUCAUCAGUUGUUGUGUCCAGAGCAUCAACCGCAAGAGCAUUUUCACCAUCACCGGCACCGUACAGGCCACCGCAGGACUUUUCUACAUCAUGGGUCUAGUUCUGUAUGCAGCAGGCUGGGGAAGUCCUAGAGUGGUCAAACUAUGUGGCCGAGACGCGGGGCCCUUUACAGUAGGAGACUGCACAUUUGGUUGGGCGAUGUACACAGGCCUAGUAGGAACCUGCUUGACGUUCCUGACGGCUUGUCUAUCAGUCUGUGCGGAGAAAACUACAUCCAGCGACAAAGUUAGCCGUAAAGUAGAGAGGGGACAGACUCUUGUGUGCCUGCUUUGAAUCAGGAAGAUCGUGACUCCGGACCAAAGUGAGACCGAGGCCUGAAGCUAGAGGUUCCAACUCUCUCGUCAAGUCUCUCAAACCCCACUCUUCAUUCUGCGAUCGCAGGGACCUGUCAAAGCUUACGUUGCUUUCCGGUGUUAUUUUGCUGUCCACUGCGAAAGGCCCGUACAUAAACAAGUAGCCCCCUGGCUUUAGUAUGUAAGAGGCUCCCUUGAACAGACCUGAAAAAUUAAAUAUUAUAAAGUACUUUUAAUUACUAGAGCCUGAAGUCACUUGCCUCUAGCUCAAGUUACGAGUAAAAGUCAAAUGUGAUUAUCAUAUAUUUAUAUUGAUGUCAUACUAUACCAUUCGCAAAACAAAUAUUUUGAAUAUAUUGUUUACCUUAGGGUGUCAACUAUUUGGGGGGCAUUUAUUUGACGACCCAUGUCCAAGUAAUUGUACAGUUUAAGAUGAAAACAAACAUUUUAAGUCUUAAGUGAUUAUAAAAAUUAGAAACUCUAUUUUACAGAGAAGAUUGACAAAGCAGAGUAAAAUGAAGACGAAUCCUACAGUACAAUAGCAGUUCAAACAAUUUACUGUGAUAUAGGUGGUUUAGUUUUGUCUUGAUCCAACUGACAAAAGACUGAAAUACUAAAACACCAAUAAAGAUGUACUUCAAAUGUUGUACUUAACCUUUCCUUUAAAUAGUGAUUUUAUCCUCAAAGUCCCUAGUAACGUAAGAGAAUUUUUUUUAAUAACAUAUUUUUGUAAAUCACCAUCCAACCUAUAUCCAAAUCGAACUUCCUAAUGAAACGUUGUGGGGCCAAAUAUUACGCUUUAAUACUAUAAGACUUUAAGCUUUGAGUAUGAUAUAGCAUAGCAAAUUUUAACUUUUUAUUGAGUUACAACUUAUGCUGUUACUUUCAAAUAUAAAUAUAUUUCUGAACUGUAGUUUUACGUUUGAGUCCAUAUUAUUGUUGUUUUUUUGUAUAAUUUCAAUAGUAUACAAUUAAGCUUAAUUUUUAAGUUAGCUUGUAAAUUACUGUGAGACUUUUUUUGUAUAUUUGUAAUUUUUUAAUUUAUUUUCACAAAUUAUAGUAAAUAA